AUGGACCUGUAUACUCUCAUCCUAAAAAAGCUGAAAAUGAAGCUGCGGACGGAUAAUCAAUAUGUGCGCUGCGGGCUGGCUGAAUUCCUGGGGACCCUCAUAUUGAUUCUGUUUGGUUGUGGCUCUGUGGCUCAGAUGGAACUGAGUGGCUAUGCUAAGGCGCAAUUUUUGAGUGUCAACAUGGCGUUUGGGUUUGCUGUGACCGCUGGGGCCUACGUCUGUGCUGGAGUGUCAGGUGCCCACCUCAACCCGGCUGUGUCUCUUUCAAUGUACCUCCUCCAGAGGAUGACCUGUAGAAUGAUGUUGGUCUACUUCUUGGCUCAGUUCCUUGGAGCUUUUAUUGGGGCUGCUCUGGUCUUUGCUCUGUAUAUUGAUGCUCUUCAUGCGUACAGUGGAGGUAACUGGACGGUGUCUAGCACCCAGGCAACAGCGGGGAUAUUUGCUUCGUACCCAUCCGAACACUUGACCAUUCUUAAUGGACUCACAGAUCAGGUGAUUGCCACUGCUGCCUUAAUGAUCUGUAUACUAGCAGUAAUAGAUGAAUCCAACAAUGCUGCUCCUCGAGGCCUUCAGCCAUUUGUGAUUGGUCUUGUGGUUCUUCUGGUUGGUCUAUCAAUGGGCUUCAACUGUGGGUACCCAAUAAAUCCUGCCAGAGACUUGGCACCUCGUAUCUUCACUGCAAUGGCUGGCUGGGGCCUAGAAGUCUUCAGGGCUGGUAAUCACUGGUGGUGGGUGCCAGUGCUGGGACCAAUGAUAGGAGGAGUGAUAGGGACCCUGAUUUAUGAACUGCUGGUUGGAAUUCACAGCCGUACUCUCCAUGAGGAGGAUGAACCUGAAGAGGACGUUGAGGAGAACCAUCCCCGACAGUAUGAGUUAGUUCAGUCUAAUGCUUAA